UUCCACACCAAAAACCGGUAGAAACCAAAAUACGCCGUAGGCUUAUAGGUCAUGAUUUGCUACUAAAAUUUUCACUCAAAAAGCCCACCACUUCGCCCACCCCAAUGUCCCUGUGCCCCUUCAGUCCGCUCGAAAUCCAGCCCCUCGUGGUCCGCAAGCCGCGAAAUCGCGCCGUGUGCCCCAACCAUGUGACCGCUCAAACCCCUCAAAGUCGCCCCCCUUCCUCCCGGUCUAAAUUUAGCGUUCGCCGGGAUAAACUCAAAGUUGCAAAUCACCGCUCCGCGUUAUGAACUUGCUGUCGCUGUGCUGCGGUCGCAAAGCUAUGCACAGUCUAACACUGGAAGGUCAGUACACGAACACGAAUGGGGCUGCCAGCACGGAGAAGGUCGUCAUCUUGGACGCGGGGGCCCAGUACGGCAAACUCAUCGACAGGAAGGUGAGGGAGCUGAACGUCGAGAGCCACAUCUUGCCGCUGGACACGCCAGCGUUCAACAUCAAGGAAGGGGGCUACAAGGCGGUCAUCAUCUCCGGGGGGCCCAGCUCGGUCUACGCGGAGGACGCGCCGCGGUACGACGGCGAUAUCUUUCGGAUAGGGCUGCCGGUCUUAGGGAUUUGCUAUGGGAUGCAGAUGAUGAAUAAGGAAUUUGGGGGCUCCGUUAUUAGAAAAGACAGCCGCGAAGACGGACAAUAUAAUAUCGAAGUCAACACGAAAUGCAUUUUGUUUAAAGGCUUGGACAAGGUCCAGACAGUCCUCCUCACCCACGGCGACUCGAUCGACAAAGUCGCCGAGAAUUUCCGACCGAUCGCCCAAAGCUCCUCCUUCUGUGCCGGCAUCUGCAACGAGAAACUCCGCCUUUACGGUCUCCAGUUCCACCCCGAGGUCGACCUCACCCCCAACGGCAAAACCAUCCUCAAAAAUUUCCUCUUCGACGUCGCCGGUCUCACCGGCACCUACACCAUGACCAGUCGCGAAAAGGAAUGUCUCAAAUACGUGAAAAACGCCGUCGGAAACAACAAAGUCCUGCUUUUGGUCAGCGGAGGCGUCGACAGCACUGUCGCCGCCGCCCUUCUCCACAAGGCUCUGCGCCCCGAUCAAAUCAUCGCAAUUCACAUAGACAACGGCUUCAUGCGCAAGAACGAAAGCUCGAAAGUUUACCAAUCGCUGCAAAAGAUCGGAAUGAACUUGCGAGUGGUCAAAGCAGCGACCACUUUCAUGGAAGGUACGACGGUCGUACCAGUCGAUAAACACGAAGCCACCUUGCGAACAACUCUCACUAGCAUGCUAUGCAAGACGUGCGACCCGGAGGAAAAACGCAAAAUAAUCGGGGACGUGUUUAUGCGAGUCUCCGAUGAAAUAAUCUCCGAUUUGAAUUUGAAACCGGAGGAAGUGGUUUUGGCCCAAGGGACCCUCAGGCCGGACCUGAUCGAGUCGGCGUCGGCCCUGGUUUCGAGCAAAGCCGACACGAUUAAAACCCACCACAACGAUUCGGAGCUGGUGCGGAAGUUGCGUUCCGAAGGGCGUGUGGUUGAGCCGCUGAAGGACUUCCACAAGGAUGAAGUCCGGGCGCUGGGACGUGAUUUAGGUUUAACGCCGGAAUUGGUGAUGAGGCAUCCGUUUCCGGGGCCCGGAUUAGCAAUCCGGGUGUUGUGUGCCGAAGAGCCUUAUAUGGAGCGUGAUUUCAGCGAGACGCAAGUUCUAGUUAAGAUUAUCGUUGAGUUUGAUCAGAUGUUGCAGAAGAAACACGCACUGUUGAAUAGGGUGGAGGCGGUGACGAAUAAUGAAGAAAGGAAUGUGUUGCGGAAGAUUUCGAGUAAGCAGAAGUUGGCGGCGACACUGUUGCCGAUUAGAAGUGUGGGAGUACAGGGUGAUUGUCGAUCGUAUAGUUACGUCGUGGGAAUAUCGAGUGAAAAAGAACCGGAUUGGGACGAUUUGAUGUUUUUGGCUUGUCUCAUACCGAGGAUUUGUCGAAAUAUUAAUCGGGUUUGUUAUGUGUUUGGAGGACUGGUUAAAGAACCCAUUUUGGAUAUUACCAUCACGUAUCUGACGAGUAAUGUGUUGGCAACGUUGAGGCAGUGUGACGACGUUGCCACAACAGUGUUACAGAACAGUGGUCAAAUGAACUCAGUAAGUCAAAUGCCUGUGAUUCUGCUACCUUUACACUUCGACAGGGACCAGGCAUUGAGGAUCCCUUCUUGUCAAAGGUCGAUAGUGUUGCGGCCCUUCUGCACGCGUGAUUUCAUGACGGGAAUGCCAGCCGUACCUGGAAAACAACUGCCUUUAGAUGUCGUGCAGAAGAUGGUCGUAGAGAUAUUACAAGUCCCUGGUGUUUCUAGAGUACUUUACGAUUUAACAUCAAAGCCACCAGGCACAACAGAAUGGGAAUGAUAAUCUUAUAAAUUAUUAAUUGUGUAAUUUGUUAGCAUGGACAGACUAUAAGAAGGUUUCCUGUUUUUAUUCUUUUUAAAAAAUAUUAUAUAUGGUUGUUGAAAAACUAAGGCGACUGUGUUUUGUUACGAUUUUAUUUUUUAAUUCACUUGGCUCAAAAAUAUUGAUUUGUAUAUGUUGAUUGUGCACCUAUUUUCAGACAAAUAAUAACGGAAUCAUAUUGUUAUGCGAAAUAUGCUACAUUUUUUAUUAUUAAAGUGGCAAGUUGCACUUUGUAUAUUAACUUAUUUUAUUUUUUCCAUUGUGUUAAUAAAAGUCAAUUCUAUUGAA